GGAUCAAUUAUGUCGGACGUUGUUUUGUUGUGUAUUUUUAGUGUGCCACGAAGACUUCUACUUUCCUUGUGAUGGACUUUAAGUCCCCGCAGAAACACAAAAGAACCACAACACAGGAUUUUAAUCGGAAGGAUGGGCUAAAAAAAGAUGAUGAUGAUGGAGUUUUGGCCGCCACGGCAGCAACAGCCCCGUGUUUUGUGUGUGGGGCACAGGCGGCGGAGCAGUAUAUUGACAGUAAGUCGACAAAUAACAUAAAUAGACCUACAGAUGUUAAGAUUCAGACAAAAAGUUUUUGUUCCGCAUGUAGGAAUUUUUACCAGCAUAGUACCUUAGGAGAUGCACACUUAACUUAUGUCUGUAUUACUCAGAGUCAGAUUAACAGACGUAUAUCAUUGAGGAAUUCCAAUUUGUUGACUUCGAAAUCACCAGUUUCUGGAUUAUGUGUUAUCAAAACAGAUAUUGUAAAUAAAUGCCGUGCUUGUUGGUAUCUCAAAUGCAUCUCUUUUGGACUCAAUGAAGCUUUGGAAAUCGCGGAUGUUAACCAAUCUAAACAUCAGAAAGACAGACCUCCGAAUACCAACAAUAACAACAAAGAUCCCAGUGAUGAUAUAAUUCGGAACAAAAACGAUUCAUGUUCGUCAGAAAAGGAAUCCAAGAAUCCAAAUUUAUCUGCCUCGUCAAAUGAAAGUUCAAGUGUAGAUGUGGCAACCAAGAAUAAACAGACACAACGCCAGCAAUAUCAGCCCGUUCGUUCAGACUCUUCCGAGAAAACGGCUAUCUCUCAAUCAAAACCGAAACUAUCUACAAUGCAAAAGCAACUCGCAGGAUCGACUCAAAUGGAUAAUUCUCACACUACUAAAAGCUCAAUCCAAGGAAAUGGGCCGUCGGUGUCUACAGUAUCAUCCGGAGUAGCCUCUUUGCAACUCGCACAAGGGAAGUCGUUAAAAGUUUUUAAUCAACAACAGAAAUCAGUGAAACAAUUAAAACCAAUCGCUCGAACUCAAGGGAUAACAAAAACUACCGCAGUUCAACCUCAAACAAAAACGUCUGUUUCCAAUCAGACGAAAAGUUCGGUUACGAGAGAGAUUACCAAUAAUCCUGUUUCCUCAAAGGAAUCACAAAAGAAAACACAUCCCGAGAAACAUCCUGGCAUUGUCCUGACUACCGAGGAAUGUGUGUGUCAAGUAUGUGGAGAUACAGCUUCUACUAUCCAUUAUGGAGUACUCACUUGCCCAGACUGUGUGCUUUUCUAUCGACUGAGCAUACAAGACAGCUUUGCUGAUGGUUACCACUGCAAACAUAAAGGGCAUGAAAUUACCAAGAGAAACCGAGGAAAGUGUGAGUACUGUUGGUACCAGAAAUGUUGCAGAGCUGGAAUGACAAGUGAUAAACCAGAAAUUGGUGAAACUGUUACUGUGAUAAAAGUAGAGAACAAACAACAACAGCAAAUGAAAACUGAAAAAGCAACCAACUCAUUAUCGAAAAUGCCAUCACUGCAUAAACAUAUAAAUAAAGAGACAUGCAAGGCCACAGUCCCACAACAAACUACAGAGUCUCAGAAAGUACCACCACCUAAAAAAGAUCUCAACUUAUGUAAAGUUUGUGGAGAUCGUGCUUUCAAGAAACAUUAUGGCAUUUUGGCCUGUCCAGAAUGUGAAGUUUUCUUUAAAAUGAGUAUUCUUGAUGAUUUUUACAAGGGCUAUUUUUGCAAGUUUAAAAAAUGCAAGAUUAAUCGUUUUCGGCGAAGUAGCUGUGAGUAUUGUUGGUAUGAAAAGUGUCUGCUUAGCGGUAUGCAGAAAGAGAAAGAGGGAAAUCCAAUGGAAGAUAAUGACAGCUGCAAAGUUGUUUCAUCAACACAAAAAACGGUAAAACUUGUUUAUGGCAUUAAAGUAAAAGAUGAGCAGAAAGAAAGCGAAGGAUCUGUAACAGCAAACAAUAACAAAAAGUGUAUCAAAGAUAGCAAAGACUGUGUGAAGGUCAUCGGUAGCAACAAGAACAACAACAAUGUUAGUAGCAAACUUCUAAACAGUAGCAACAACAAUAUUGGUAAUAAAUCUCUAAACGAUAACAACAACAGUAGCAGCGGUAGAUGUGUCUCUUCAACAGCAUCAAAAACUAAUGUGAUUACUGUGAAAAAAAGAAAACUCGAAACUAUAGAUCAAAACCUAGCCAAACCUUCUGAACAUCAGAGCGACAUUAACAGCAUCCCUAACAAACGUUUCAAAGUGGUAAGUCAUUCUGCAAGUAGCACACAGAAUACUGGUAACUCUUCAAAUACACAACUUAACUCAUCUUCAAAAAGGAGUACCAGUAAUACUUCUGUCUCAUCAUCAACUACUUCAUUCCAAUCUCUUUCUGUUUCAUUUUCUCGUUCAUUAUCAUUAUCAUCACAGUCAUCAUCAUCAUCAUUAACCUCACCAUCAUUGUCAUCAUCAUCUGUUUUAUCCUCCUCCUCAUCACCAUCAUCAAUUCUAUCAUCAUCAUCGACUUUAUCAUCAUUGCCGUCAUCAUCAUCAUCGUCGUCGUCGUCAUCAACUUUUGUAUCACAGAAACCGACCAAUGCUGUGACAUUGCCAUCAGUUUUAAAGAGAACUGCAGCAUCAACAACAGUCACAUUUUCAGCACCCACUACUAUGACAGCAAAAGUUCAUCAAAAAACAGUGGCAAAGAAAAUUGUGGUGCUACCUAAAAAGAAAGUCACAGACAGUAACAAAGAUGGCAUCAAGAUUGCUUCUGGUGCUGAAUCACAUUACAAAAUGUGUAAAUUACCAACUCAUGAAAGAGUUGUAGCACCAAAAGAAGAUUUUGCAAAAAAUACCAACGUCAGUAUUCCUAGCAGAAAUGAUAACGGUAACAUUAGUAAUAGUAGUAGUAAUACUGGUUUAAACAGUAACAGCAGCAGACUGAAGAAAUCUACUAUUUCAACAGCUAUCGGCUCCUGCGAUAAAGCACCUGAUGUAAAUGCAGUGAAUAGUACCAAAUUGACUGAUUCAGGUGCCACAUCUGACAAAUGUAAGCACGAGGACUUGUUGAAAUCUACUGAGAGCAGUACAUGUAGAACUACUACUACUACUGUUACUUCUACUACUACUACUACUACUAACAACACCACCAAGACUUUUAUCGAUCCUUCUCAUUUUACACAAAAUAUGAACAUCUGUACUGUGUGUGGUGAUCAGGCUUCUGUUGUUAAUUACGGAGUGCUUACUUGUCCAGAUUGCCGCAUCUUUUUCCAGAUGUGCAUACAAGAUGGUUUUGCUGCUGGUUUCAGCUGUUCAAAACGACGAAAUUGCUCGGUUACAAAAACAAACCGGGAAAACUGUGAAUUUUGUUGGUACAAGAAAUGCCUUGCUGUUGGAAUGCAGGCUGACCAAAUAUCAAAAAUGACCCCGACUUGUGACCGUUUUACUUUUGCCUUGACGCCAACCUGUGAUCGUUUUACAUUUUCCUUACCUCUAACACCAAUAUCAUCUGCACAAUUAACAACUGCCAUCAGUAACUCUACAAGCACAAAUACAACAUCUGUACACAUGGUUAGCUCUUUGGAUCAAGUUAAAAAUCCUGGAAAUACACUAUAUUCUUCAGUGAUAACUCCACUCAUUCAAAACGAAGAAUUGUGCAUUGUCUGUAGUGCACCUUUUGCUGAGAUCUAUUGUGGUGCUAAAGUUUGUACUGAUUGUAAGGCCUUCUGCAAAGAAAAUGCUGAUUCAAAAAUAUGCUCUAAGUAUGUAUGUGAGCAGACUCAAAGCUGUUCUAUUAUCAAUAGUGAUUUGCUGCCAAAAAAUCGGUGCAGCUAUUGUUGGUAUGAGAAGUGUGUAGAAUGUGGUUUGCUCAGUAAAGAAACAAAUGUUUUGAGAAAUUCGUCCAGUUUGGAGACCCAGGCAUCAAAAAAUCGAAUUCCUGAUCCUGUUUUGGAUAAUCUAGUUUUCAGAGAAUCAGUGGACAUAUACAGUGCUGUUUUGGACAAUAUACUUCAAGAUAAAACAAGUCCAUCUCACAUGGACAGUGAAGUUCUUGAACCAUACUUUGGGGACAAUACUUCAGACAACCAAAUUUGUGAACUACCAAGUUUGAUGGAAAGUAUGUUUGAAUCUCUAACUAAAUCAUCUGAAGAAAUAGAAUUGAUCCAGAAGAAAUUUGAACGUCUAAAAAUGGAAAAAGAACGUGUUAGUGCUUUAAAGAAACAAAACCAGCAACAGCAGCAGUCUGUGAUGUUACCUGAUACAAUGAAAGACUGUACGUCAAAAGCUACUAGGCGUGUACUCCUUAACAGUAAUGAUUAUCAAACAAAGGAAAGUGGUUUAUUACUAAAAGACAGUCAUCUGAAACAAACCAAUGAAACCAGUAAUGUUCUACCCUCCUGUUUGACUUCUAAAAAUACCAGAAUUGAUUCCAUCUCCGAGCACUCAAAUCAAAAUCGUGAUCCAUCGCUUUUUAGUUUGGAUUGGGAAACAAAGUCUAAUGAAAAACGUAACAAUUCUGUGAAAGACAGUUUUACUUCAAUUUCGAUGAAUGAUCAUUUGAUGGUAAAAGUAACUAAUGAAGUUCCACAGAACAUUUUCGACAGCUCAGAUGAUAUGACACCAGUUUCUGAAUCUCUGCCAUUUGUGUCAUCAGCAGCUGGAGAAAAACAGGUGAAAAAAGUGGUUUUCAAACCAAUCCUAGAUCGAAGUGAAGAUCAGGAUGUGUCAGAAAAAGUCUCUGAUAUGGACAGAUGUAAUUUUGAGCAUGGAGAGCGGGAAACUGCUCAGCAAAAAUUAAAUGAGCUUCAAAUGAAGAAAGAUAAUGUGGAAGAGAAGCUUCUAAUGCUCCAGAGAAGCAUUGAGAAAGAACGGAAAAAACUUCUUAGUCUUCAGAAAGAAAGGAAGCGAGGAGUCAAAAUUUGUGAUAAGUCUCUGGAAUCUUCAAAUGCAUUGUCUUUGGAUGCUAAAAUGCCACAACUAGAACCUGAACCACAGCUUGUAUUGGAAUCUUCAAAUAUUGAUUUUGUCAAACAGAAACAGUCAGAAACAAAUGAUUUUGCUAUGAUUGAGGAUGGUAGCUCUGUUGUAACUGCUACUCAUUCUGAAGAAACAGAUUCUGAGAAGUUAUGUAGAGUAUGUGGAGACAGAGCUCCAGGAGUCCUCUAUGGAGUGUGGACAUGUCUGAAAUGUAGUGUCUUCUUCCGCCAGAGUUUAGACAAGCAAAUUUCCAGUCAGUAUGUCUGCCGAGAUGGCAACUGUUAUGUUGACAAAAUAAAUAGAGGUGUUUGUAGAUAUUGCUGGUACCAAAAAUGUUUGGCUGUUGGAAUGUCAAAGCAAGAGAAACGAAUCGUUCCAGUUCAAUCACCAACACCUACUCCCAAAACUGGUCAACAGGAUCAAAACAGAAAUGAAAAGUUCCACGACAAUAGUGAUCACCAUCAUAUUAAUGAAAAUGAAAUGGGAAUUAUUCAGAAUGUAUUCCCUAAUGAUAAAAGUCCUUUAGCUAAAGACCUUACUGAUGAAAUGAGUGAAGAAAUACAUGAAGAGAUUGGAAAUGUGGAGGUUUGUGAUGUUCCUGAUUUCAAGUCAGUGUCCAAAAGUAAUAAAAACUGUUCAAGAGCAUUUUUGGAUUUGAAAAUUUCGCAGCCAUCUUCAGGUGAACCAACAACCACAACAUCUUCUUUGGCCCCAGAAUCUUCAAAUACAGAAUUUGUAGAUAAUAACAAUCAAAUUAGUGAUUCUGGAUGCUCUGUUGAUAUCAGUGAGUCGUUUCCUUCUCAAAAACCUAGCUGUGAUUCCAAUAACUCAUCUAUGUCCACUGCCAUGGAUACUAGUUUAUGUAAUGAAGAUGUUACUGUAACAAUGGAGAGAAAAGACCAAAGUGAUGGUUCUCUUCUGUAUGUCAGCAACAUGGAUAAAAGCACUACUUUGAAUUCAAAUUCUGAAAGCAUUCCUCUAGUGGCAUCAAAUGAUAUCACAACUGAAAUUCCAGUUGCAAAUGCAAAAACUUCUUUGCCAGAGUCUGACCAGGGUUUGGGAUUACAAGAAGCACCAACAUUCCGGAGAAUCUUACCUGAAAGCCUUAGUACAUCAGUGGAUCCCUCUGUAGUUACUGAAGUUAUUCCUGAACCUUUAUGGAAUUCUGUAGACACUGAAAUUGUUCAAAAGAAGUCUGGUGAUUCUGUUGAUGAUGGUGAAAGCAGUGCUGAUAGAGUGACACCUGUAGAAAUUAUUGAUUCAACUGGAGCAAUACAUUCUGAGGAAAAUGUGGACAAUACUAUUCUAGAGACAUUGCGAAAUUUUACUGAUAAAUCUGUUAUUACAGAAAUUAUUCCAAGUUCUUCAAGAAAUUCUGUAAAUUCUUCAGUUUUGGUUGAUAUGAUCCAAAACUCCAACUGUUGUUCACCUGAGGCUCCUGUUGGCAAAGAAAUCAUUCCUGGAGCACUGUCUCAUUUCAUCGAUAAACAGUCUCUUAAUCCUAUAGUAGUGCCAGACCCUUCUGAGACCAGUUCUGAAUUUGCUGGAAAUUCUGAUAAUGAAGAUUCUGUUUCAGAUAGUAACCAUCCUAAAGAAGCUGGAACUGACUACACCAGGAUGACAACCAACCCAAAUAUUUCUCACAGGUCACGAGCUCUAACUGAGAAAACAUCUUUCACUUUGCUGAAAAGAACAGCUCAUAUGUCAAAGAAGAAGACAAGCAGAGCUGUUGGUGUACCAUCUCUUUCUUUACGUUAUAUGAUUAAAUGUUGUUCUCCAAAACAUAUUGCAAAUCAAAUGCAUAGUCGAAUCAAAAAGUCAGUUCAAAUGAUUGGGAAGGCUAAGAAAAAGCCUUCACUUUCAAAAAGUGCACUUCCUAGCUCAUCACAUCAAGCUGCACUGAAAGAAUAUGAGUUUGUUGAUGAUAAUCUUAAUGAUGAUGAUGAUGAUGGUCGUUUACGACAUUCUUUGCCUAAAUCACAGAAAACAUAUAGUACUGUGAAAUUGUCUAAGAAAAUGGCCAAGCAAAAAGUAAAUUCAAAGACUUCAUUGAAAAAGAAUUUGACAUCAACUUCUAUGCAUAAACAAAAUCGUCAUCCCCAGAACAAUACUUCAAAGUCUAUUUCUACUCUUACCAAAACUACUUUGAAAAUCCCCCUAAGAAAUAAGGAUGUAGAUUUGGAAACAGCACAAGCCAAGCCACUGCGUAAACGAGGCCGUCCACGAAAGAUAAAAUCAACACUACUUAGCACUGAAGUUACACCAACCUGUAAGCAAGAUUCUAUCUGUAAAGAAAACAGUAAACAACCAUCUACUGUGUCAGAGAGCACCACUGAAAUUUCGUCUGUCCCUUCUGUUACUAUAGUCGCAGAAUUCAGCGAGAGAAAUAAAGUCAGAAAUAAAGAAGAUAGUAGCAUGACUGAAAGCAGAGUUGGAAACAAAACUGAUACUAUUUUCAUUGGGACUAGCUUGUGUAGUGUUUGUGGAGAUGUGUCUCAUGGAUUACAUUAUGGUAUUAUUUCAUGUUCAAGCUGCCGUAGUUUCUUUGCACAAAGCACUGACUCCAAAAUUGGCUGUAAAUAUGAAGUAUGUAAUAAGUCAUGCAUAAUCAACAGUGUAACACGCCGAUUCUGUCGAUAUUGUUGGCUACAGAAGUGUCUACAGGCAGGAAUGAUGAAAGGCACCACUAAACGAGGACGGCCACCAAAACUUAGACCCCAAACUAAUGAAACUGAAACUGUUAGCAAACAGAAGGAUUUGACUAGUGAAAAUGAGGUUUCUAUUCCUGAAGAUCAGAUUGAGACAAGUUCAGAAGCAGCAGUUUCAGCACUUCAUAAAGAGUCAAUUCAAAAUAAUGAAAGCACUGUGAACAAUAGUGAUCCAGUCAUGACUGACAAUGACACCAAUACUGAAGAUGAUCAAGUUGAUAGCAUUGAUAUAUCAUCUGAUGUUAUUAAAGAAGGGAACAAUGAUGAAAACAAUGAUGAUGAUGAAGUAAAUCUGAAAGCAAAGCCUUCCAGUUCAACACAGACUGGAAUAUCAGUUGAUGAAGAAUCUAAUGAAAUGAACUUAGAAAAAGUCACUAACAGAUCUUCCGUUUCUCAAGAGAAGAUGCUACGUGAGACAAGUACAGAGAAGAUAGUCAGUGAGCAAUCAUCUAUUGUUUGCAUUGAUUUAGAUAGUAAUUUAAAUAGCACUGGGACAGCUAAUCUCACUGAAACCGAACCAAUGGCUGUUGAUAAUGAUUCUGAUUCACCUUUAAUUAUUGAAAGUGUUCCACACCAGAGUGAUAACAACAAAAGUGAUGUCGGUAAUUCCCAGAAUCCAAACUCUACUAGCAGUCAAGAAUGUUUCUGUAAAGUAUGCGGUGACUUGGCAUCAGGAAUUCACUUUGGCAUAGAAACCUGCUGGUCAUGUACUAUUUUCUUUAAGCAGAGUACUGACUCACGAACGACCAAAAAAUAUAAGUGCCAUAACAAAAACUGUUGUGUCACACCUGAUAACUACGAACGUUGUUCUUAUUGUUGGUUUCAAAAGUGCUUGCUUGUUGGCAUGUCAAAAAUGUUAAUUCCCACAAAUCAAAGCCAAAGUGGAACUGGUCAAUUCUUGGAGAGCUAUACUUCAAAUACUGACCGAUCUGUCUCUUCAGGAAUCCACCAGGUAAAGAGUGGUAAGCUAUUGCCUACUGUUGCAGAUUCUUCAAAUGCUGAAAGAAGUAAAGUAGCAAGCACAUCCCUUGCAUCUGUAGCAACUUCCAUCAGUAGCACAAACAGCAUAGUUUCUGGUGCAACUUGUACAACUACAGAUGUUGCUUGCAGUGUUUCUCCUGUUGAAAGAGAAGUCAGCACAGUUAGUACAUUUAAUCCUAGAAGUCAAACUGUAUCAGUAAUUACCACAACACCAUUACAGACCAAUGCAAACACUAAUACUACCAGCACACCUAAUACAGUUUCUUUGCAGCCACAGUUAUCAAAUAAUAAACAACCUACAAACACUGUAGAUGCUGUUCAAAGUAGACUUCACACUUCACCUGUAAAAUCUGUGUUAGUUGCUCCUAAGCCUACCUUACCUCAGGGACAGACACAAACUCAUUCUGAACUGAUAUGCAGUGUUUGUGAUGAUACUGCAAUUGGUGUUCGGUAUGGAGUACAGACAUGUCGUAAUUGUUUGUGUUUCUUUCGAACUGUACUAAAUGGGAGAAUACCUACUGAAAAGGAUCAUGCAGACGGUAACUGUUUUAUUAAUAAAGCUACUACCAACCGGUGUCGAUUCUGCUGGUACCAAAAAUGUCUUUCUGUUGGGAUGAGUGAUACUCUACAAAUGAAAAAGCAGCAAACAUUAAUGGCUACAAACAGACUCUCAGCACCUGAACAGGAUUGCAAUGCCAACAGUUCCAACGUUUGUGACAAAACUAAUCCUAUACCAACUCCUAGUAAUAAUUCAGAGAUUAUUAACAAGCUUUCAGGAUUAUCUAUGACCACAUCUUCAGAAGUACAAAUGCUGCCUGUUACAUCAAGCAAAUCGGGUUCCACUUGUCCUACAGUAUCUCAGACCAAAGACCUAAGUUCCAACAUGAGGAACACAACAAAUGAAUCACCAUCAGUGACUACUAAUCUAAGCAAGGAUGUUGCUAAGUUAUGUAAAGUCUGUGGGGAUGUCUCGUUUGUUUCUCAUUAUGGCAUUGCAUCUUGUUUGAACUGCAGUGUCUUUUUCCGACGCAGUUUGGACAAAAGACUACAUCGUGCAUAUAAAUGCCUCAACAAGGAUUGUUUAAUCAGUCGUACCAGUCGUAGUCGCUGUUAUUACUGCUGGUUCCAGAAAUGCGUGGGUGUUGGUAUGUCCUACAAGGUUAAGCGUAAACUACGUCAUCAGAAAGAAAAGUCAAGUGAUCAAGCAGAAGUGCCACAGUCACUGUUAUCAACUCCUAAUCAAGAUGCUGUUAAUCAAAAUUCUAAGAACAGCAACAGUGGAAACAAUACCCAACCAAUUUCAAAUCAGAAUAAAAGUCUUGUGUCUGAUGGUGACCUGGACAACCUGUCUCUUGGAUUCACUCGGCAUAGUGGCAACAUACUCUGUAAAGUGUGUGGUGAUGAGGCCUCUACUGUACAUGCAGGUGUACUCACAUGUUUUCCUUGUCGAUCUUUCUUUAAACGAAGUCAAAAGAACAGUAUCAACCGGAAAUAUUCUUGUGAUAGCAAAAACUGUUCAAUUACGAAAAACAACAAAAAGAGCUGUGAUUAUUGCCGGUAUCGAAAAUGUCUUGCUCUUGGAAUGGCCAAAAAUAUUGUAAAGCAUAAUGUCCAGCCUUUAAAAGAUAAGACUGAUAGCCAAAAGAUGGUUGAGUCUGCUAGCAAUGUACAGAUUGAAUCCAUUACGAGGAACCAUUGCAAAGUCUGUGGAUAUGAAGCAUCUGGAAUUCAUUAUGGGGUUUGGACCUGUCACAAUUGCCGAGUUUUCUUCUACAAGAGUUGUGAGCAACAAAGUUUUAAAAACUAUCAGUGUGCCCCGAAAAAUUGUAAUGUAUACGGUAGUGCGCAAGUGAAUUGUUCCUAUUGUCGCUACCAAAAGUGUUUGAGGGUUGGCAUGUCAAAGGAAUUGAGCAAACGAGGAAGACGACGCAAACUAGAUGAGAAUUUGUCUAAAGAAAUGCCAGAGUUAAAGAAGCAGCAGACAAAGACUAAUAGCACCAAUAAAUCUAAAACCAACAACUCAGAUGAAAAUCCACAGAAUGUGGUGAAGGAAAAUCCAAAAGUUCCUUGCAUUGUUUGUUCAGAUGUGUCCAGUGAGAUUUAUUGUGGGCUGUGGGUUUGCCGUAGCUGCCGUAAUUUCUUCCAGUUCAGUAUUACUAACAACCACAGCGAGAGUUACAAGUGCAAGUACAACAACCACUGCAUUGUGAACAAAACCAGUCGAGUAUUGUGUCAUCACUGCCGUUUCAAGAAGUGUCUGAUUGUUGGAAUGAUGAAAGAAGAGAACACCACAAAUAACUAUGAAAAGAAGAAGCUUUUAUGUAACCCACGUCACUUUCCGUGUAAAGUUUGUGGAGAUCUUGCAUCUGGUAUACAUUAUGGCCACUUCAUUUGUGAAGGCUGUAAAGGAUUUUUCCGUCGUAGCAUACGCAAGAAAAUGGUUUAUUUGUGCAUUAGCAAAAAUUGCAUAAUCAAUAAGUUCACAAGGACUCGUUGUGCCUACUGUAGGCUACAAAAAUGUUUGACUCUUGGCAUGUCAAAAGAAGCCAGUCGAAAGGGCCGGCGAACAAAGGAAAACCAAAUGAAACUAAUGAGCCAACCCCGUGAAGAAUGCAAAAUGUAUGAGGAGUACACAAAUCUAAACUCUGCACCUAGACCAUGGUCCAAUAACACAAUACCACAGAGGGAACCAGUAGAAUAUAUUGAAGAUGCUGAUCAACCUAAAAUAAUUUACUUGGAUUACAAUGCUUCAACACCACAUGCUCCCCAGGUAAUUGAUGUUAUAUCGCACACUCUAAAGAAGAAAUGGUUUAAUCCAAGUAGUAUCUACUUCUCAGACAAUAAAGAAACUGUUAACACUUCCCAUGAGGUCAUUGAAGAUGCAAGAGAACAGGUUGCUGAUAUGAUUGGUUCUUCUCCUAAAGAUAUUGUCUUCACUUCAGGAGGAACUGAGGCAAACAACAUGAUUUUGCAGACUGCUGUCAGAUACUUCAAUGAGCAUUGCCUUCCUGAUAUGUCUGAGAUCUACAAUGAUAAACCGAUCCUACCACACUUCAUCACCUCCAACCUGGAACAUGAUUCAGUGAAAGAAGUCCUUGAGCAUUUUGUGAAAACCAACACUGCAGAAGUUACCAUCGUUGCUGCCUCGCGUCAAACUGGCUGCGUCGAACCUGAGGAUAUAGUCAAGAAAAUACGCCCUAACACUAUUAUGGUUUCUGUUAUGUCUGCCAAUAACAUUACAGGCAUUAUACAGCCUAUCGCAAAGAUAUGCGAAUCUGUUCGAGCUGUUGAAAGGGAACAUGGUGAAACUCAACGAAUUCUGAUUCAUACAGAUGCUGCUCAGAUUUUGGGCAAAGUUGAAACCAAUGUUAAGGAGAUGGAUGUUGACUACAUGACUAUUGUUGGGCACAAGUUUUAUGGACCCCGAAUUGGUGCUGUAUUCACUCGUGAUUUAGGAACUCGAGCACACCUUUAUCCACUUCUGAAAGGCGGAUGCCAAGAGCAUGGUUAUAGACCUGGAACUGAAAAUACUGCAAUGAUUGUUGGUUUAGGAAUGGCCUGCACCCUUGUGAAACACAAUAUUACUGAGUAUGAACAUUAUAUGGAAGAAAUACGGAAUUAUCUGGAAGAAAAACUUGAGGAAACUUUUGGUGCAGAUAAUGUAAAGUUUAAUGGUCGAAUACCUGGUGUUCCCAGACUGCCAAACACAUGUAAUGUUUCCAUAUUAGAUGGACAUUUGGAAGGUAGAAAAAUAUUGUCCCAUGUAAAGUUAAUUAAAGCCAGUGUUGGAGCUGCAUGUCAUUCAAGUGAUAAAAACAGUGUUAAUAGUGUCUUGUUAGCCUCUGGUAUUCCAGAAGAUGUUGCUAAAAGUUCUAUCCGCUUAUCAGUUGGGCGUGAGACAUCCUUAAAUGACAUUGCCAUUGCUGUAGAAGAUCUGAAACAAGCCGUGUCACUGGCGAAAUCCAAGGAUGCUGCUGCUGAUACUGAUUGAAGAGAUGAAAACAAGCUAAAGUUAACAAAAUCUUUUUUCAUGCUUGGUCUGGUGCUUUUUUUCUCUGAAUUAUGUGAUCUUUCUUGGAAGAAUCAUAAUUGUAAUAAAAAAAAGAAAAUGUA